GGUGUCCCAGUCUAACCUUUGAUUUAAUCUGAGCUCCUAAGAAAUUUUCUGAUAUUGCUGAAACCUCUGUGUAGCCGGAGACUCUUGUGUACUGACCACCUUCCUGCUCACUUGAAGCUUCAGACUGCAGGAUGCAACAGCUGGGGCGGCUGAGGCUGAGGCCGUGGCUGGAGGAGCAGAUUCAGUCCGGGAGGUAUCCAGGAGUCAGCUGGCUGGACCAGUCGGCACGAAUCUUCCAAAUCCCCUGGAAACAUGCUGCUCGUCAUGGCUGGAGUAUUGACAGAGAUGCUACGCUCUUCAGGAGUUGGGCCAUGCACACUGGCCGGUACCGCCCCGGCAAAGACAAGCCAGAUCCCAAGACAUGGAAGGCAAAUUUCCGCUGUGCCUUGAAUUCUCUGCCUGACAUCUGUGAGCUGCGGGAGCACAGCAGGAAGAAAGGCAACAACGCCUACAGAGUGUACAGGAUGCUGCCCAGCUCACAAACAUACAGACGCAGGAGAGGGCUGCGAUUUUUCAGUCGACCCCGAGAAAGACAGACCAGCUUAGGAGCAUGCGCGUAUGAUGAUACAUACACCACACACACUUGGCAACCCACCACAACAAGAUCCAGUACAGACACACCACAGGAGGAAGAGAGUGCUGCAGAAGACACAUUGAACAGCACUCAGACACACGGGAUGUGGGAGGCCAAAACCGAAGACCAGGAGCAAAAUGAUGCUGUCUUUAAGCUGAUGGAUCACUUAAGCAACGCAGACCUCUGGAACCAGACGGCUGAGCAGAGAGGAUGGAGAACUCACACUUUGUGGGACCACUGGCACUGUGCAGGCGAUGAUAACCCGUAUUCUCUGCACACAGACAGCUACAGUGAUCUGUUUGGUCCAAACUACGUCAAAGAACUCUCUGACUGGUCUGCACAUCAGCAAACUCUGCUGCCGUAGCCGUUCACCAACAACUCAUCCUUCUUCUCCUCGUGUUUACCAAAUACUAAAGGCUGGUUUUCCUCGAGGCCUUCUUUCUAACCCUCAGCUGUUUUCCUCCACCCCUCUUUCUGCUGACCACUGAAAGAAAGAAACAAGAGAAGAUGAGAGGACAGAGGAUAUUGCUCUGUCAGUGGGUCGCUCGGCCAUCCUCUCUGCUGAACAUGCUGAGGUGAAGAUCUUAUUCCAAGCCAAGCUUUCCCUCUGUCAGCACCACUUGCAUUCCACUAUGUUUUGGUGCCUCAAACAAGCUGAAAUGACACCAAGCUCACACCACAGCUUUCAGAGUAAACAGAUCUCAUUUCGCUUCAGUGCAGGAUCAAUUAUUACCCUCCUGCUUCUUUGAAUAUGACUGGAAGUUUAUUCAAUAUACAGCAAAUGAAGUGCAGAACAAAGAGGCAGGGCAUGGAAUAGUUUGUAGGUUUGUGUUUAAACCUGCUUUGCCACUCACAAGAAGCUGAAAUAUUGCAUAACAUUAUGUAUACUAUGUUUUCUAUCGGAUGCGUGUGUGCUUCCUUUACAUUUGCGCCAUUGUUUUUAAGAUCACGAGAUAGAACAGUUUGGCAUUCUACUUUUUUUGAAGGCAGCUGAUGCCAGUUUGUUUUGUGUGAUUCUGUACAACCUAAUUUGUUUUGUAUUUUGAAGUGCAUGAGUCUUUAUAGCCUGUGUAUAUAUUGAAAAUAAAAACUGAUGGCAGUUGUGUGUAUUAGUUGAAUAAAUUGAAUACAUUAUA